GAGGACACUCUGGAACGAUCUGGAGCGACCUCCUGCGUGGGCAUGCCUGACCCCUUUGUUUCCAUUCGAGCACCACGCCGAUACCGUGCGCAGUGCCGUCGCUCACAGGAGGAGCCCCCGAAGAUCGAACUACUCCGAAGGCCUGGGCACGCCCCUCAGAGUGCGCCGCGCGCGCUCUGCUCAGCACUGCGUUGAGAGGAGAGGCGACCACUGAGAUGCAGAGGUCUAAAAAAAGCAUGCGCUGGCUCGCCGCCUAAUGGUGCUUGCCGCCUAAAUGUAAACGCGCUCGGUGAUAAUGGUGAAGUGGGGCUGUCGAGCCGCGGGGGGAUACAAAUGAGAAGGUCGGCGUCAGGGGCCUAUAGCUCCUCCUCCACAGGGCCGCUGCUGGACGCUGGGCCGCAGGGCGAGCGCACCAGCAGCAUGCGCGGCCGGGCGGCCGGGGCGGCCGGGCGGGUCGGGUCGGCCGCCCUGGCCGCAGCUCGCCGGCGCGCGCGGGCCCAGCAAGGCCAGAGGCCAGCCAGCGUCGAGCUGCCCCCAUGCCCCAUAAGAUUUGGGCGCGCGCGGCGAGCUGCCGCGGCCGGCUGCCGCGGCCAGCUGCCGCGGCGAACUGCGGCGCCGCGGGGGUGCGCGCGCAGCUCCGAGAGAUGCCCGCGGAGUGUCGCGCAUUCUUGGGGCUUCUCCUGGGAGGCGCCGUGCGUGCACCCGACCAGCUCGAUGCACGACUCCGCGCGUGCUGGCAGGCACGGCGGAGCGUAUACCAAGCCGGCCUGGUGAAUGGCUCGCGCCGUCCCAGUGCAUAGCCUCUGCAAGCUGUCCAGGCGUCUAGGGAUGAGAACCGGUCCCAAGCCGAAGAGGUUCAAACCUCCCGCACGCCCACGACGUGAAAAAAUUGGCACAGCGCGGCCAGAAUCAGGGGCCUGCUUGCUUCCGAAACCAAUCAGGACAGUUCUGACCAAUGCAGAGCAAUGCUAUAAGUAUUGUUGGGCCGAAUCCAUGCAAUGCAAAGAAUGCUCCGUGCAUCUCUGGAACGUUCUACGUAUUUUGUCGCAGACCCGGCGACGCACAAAAACAUCAACUCUGGAGCAAAUCAAUUGUGGUGUCGAUCUCCUAUUCAAUAAGGACCUCGUAUGCGGCAUGCUUUGGGAAAACAAAAGCAUCGGCGGCCCGCGCCUGCAUGGCUCAGGGGGCGCGCGCAGGGCGGGCGGCUAGUCCGCAGGGCCUGCCCUGCAAGCUCGGAGCUGAACUCCUGCCCAGGUGGAAAACUGGCCGACGUGGCCCCGUCUCGGCGUUG